AUGACUACAAAUGAUGUAACAAAAAUGCACUUUGAACGCCCAUCCAAUAACAAUUUGACUAUCAAUGAACGCAAAGCUCUUAAAGAGCUAAAAUCAUUGGACAAUGUUAUCAUAAAACCAGCUGACAAAGGUGGUAAAAUUGUCUUACUCAAUCGAGACAUGUACAUUGAUAUGUGCAUGGCACAUUUGAGUGAUGCAUCUAACUAUAGUGUCCUUCCCUCUGACCCUACGGAGAUAUAUAUAAAAGAGUUUGAAGCCUUACUCAUCACAGCUUUGGAACAAAGAAUUAUCAACAUGGAGGAGUUCUAA